UGCUCGCUAGGCCCAUUGCUUUCGUUUCCUUUUUUUUUUCACUCUCUUCCUGGACUCUUUUUUCUUUUCUUUUCGAUUUGGCAUUUUAUUCACAACUUCUUUCCCCACCUGUACCGCCGACUUGUUAUUUUGCUUUACGAGUACUUUUUUCUUUCUUUAUUUUUUCUCUCCGUCGUAUGAGGUAGUCUAAAAACCCUUGCUUUGAGUUCAUCUUCUACAGAGACAGAGGGAAAGAGGGAAAGAGGGAAAGAAGGAAAAGAAAAAGAAAAAAAGAAAGAAAGAAAAGAGGAAAUAAAAUUAACGAAAAGGAAGAAAAGCGAUCAAGCGAGCAUACUGUAAAAAAGAACAAACUCAGAAGGCUAUCUCCGGAUUCGCGAGAGCUUGUUGCUAGGUCUGUAGACUGCCCGGUCACCAGGCCUGUCUCCGUCUACCCUCCUCCUUUCCCCCUACGGUCGCUCUUCACCACACGCACAUCUUUCAACCCCCCCUCCCCCUUUACUCUUCCAAACCUCUGCUCCUUAGCCACUUUUUCCAGCAGCAAGAGCAUCGUUGGACAUUAUCCUCGCGGGUUUCCUCUUGUUCACUUUAAGGAUAGCCCUUUGAGUGUUCAGCUGUUUUCCUUGUGGUCGAAUAUCUGGCCCCGCUGCUCGCCUAGAUCCGGUUCUUCCUGGGUUCCGCAACCCCCUACACCCCUAUAGGAACCAACAAACGUCGCUCCGGUCUCGUUUGACGGAUCACUCCGGCUGAUUUAGCAUCGUGAUCUGUUGCUUUCUCAUUCGUUUACCUCUCGGACGCUAAAUCAAUUUCCUCUCGCCUCAUUAUUCUCCUAUGAUGAUUGCCACUGCGACCGCCCGACAUUCCCCUCUCUUCUCACCAAACUCAUCACACGUUGAUAGAAACGGGCUGAGUAACGGGGGUGGGGCAAGCGGAGUAUCUGAUAGUGGAUCUCGGGAGGGUAGGUCCAACAGCACCUCAAACUCCUUUUCCCGGGAGCGCUCUUCUUCCAACGUUAGAGAGUCAUCGGCCAUGCCCCAGAGGGCUGUACGGCGGGAAGAAAUCCAGGUGCCCUCCAGAAUGUACGUGCGUGCCUUAUACAAUUACGCUUCCGAAGACCCUACCAGUUUGAGCUUCAAUCAGGGAGACGUGAUCCAGGUUAUCACGCAGCUGGAAAGCGGGUGGUGGGAUGGAAUAGUGCACGACCAGAGGGGGUGGUUUCCAAGCAAUUAUUGUGCUUUGGUUUCUCCCGAUGAUUUGACUGGAAAUGGGAAUACCCAAUCACCCCUAGAUGAUAGUGAUGGAAUGUACGAGGACGAUUCUUAUGACGAAUAUGAUGAUGACGAUGAUGACUCGGAACGGGAUGGUUUGGCUUCGCCCGUAUUACCGCUGGAGGGAACUGAUGAUAGAGCCGAUGAUGAGGCGGCAUUCUGGAUUCCUCAGGCGACGCCGGACGGGAGGUUAUAUUACUUUAAUACGAUAACGGGGGUAACGAGAACUGAACUUCCGUUGGAAACGCCGACGUCGACGACGGAAUCUGGCCCCCGAGAUAGGUCGACUUUCUCAGCUCCUGAGCAGACACGCCCACCGACGGAGCUGUUGGCUAGGGGCUAUGAGAGAGAAGAACCAGCCUAUCAUGACCUUGGGGAUGAUGAUGUGGAGUCCGCGUCGGAUAAAGAAGGGGAAAUGCUGGUUCUGUCUAUGCACAGCCCAUCAAGAGUAGGUUUUUCCCUCAAACCGAUGCCGAAUAGGUUUUUUUUAUAUACUAACGAGAGGUUAGGACCUUGAAAGUCAGUGUUCGCUUGCAGUGUUUAUGCCCUGAUGGUGUAUCGGUUUGCUGACAUGAUUUUGCGUAGACCGCGAAUCGCAAGCCACCCUGGUAGACAACGCCUCAGCUUCCAUCGACGCUACCCGCGGCCCCAGCAGUUCGUUUCAGCCAGGCCAUUCGCGGUCGCUCUCCGUGUCAACAACUGCCACUGCUGUUAAUCUGAACGCCAGCUCUCCUACUAUCAACACGAAAUCUGCUCUAAGCGCAUAUCACGAGGACGGGAUGCCAGUGCCUGCAUCUUGGGACGAACUCCUCGAUAACACAAGGCUUGCUGUCGAGAGGUACCGACAGGCCGUUAAUGCCUUUGACCGUGCUCAAUAUGUCGCCCGGGCUGAGGAUGUUUCUGAUAUGCUUCGAUUGUUGAUUGCGGCGGGCUCAGCAACCACUGACAACCACUCUGGGCAGCCCUCUAUAAUAACUAGCAACAAGGCUCUCAAUCCACAUUACAGGCAUUUCAUGGCAGCAUUUUCAAAGCUGGUUUUAUCCUCACAUGUUGCUGCUACGGACUGCCCACCAGCUGAUGCGGAAUCCAAAUGUUUGGGCGAGGCCGAUGAAGUGAUGAUAGGAGUGUUUGGUUUUGCUGAUGUUGCCAGGGCGCAGCGGACUGGAGAACUCCCCCGGUUAAAGCCGGGUUUUGUCUAUGGAAGUCAUGUUGGCGGAAACUGGAAGGGCGUUGGCAAGGCAGUUUCGCCAAAGAUGCCGGGGGUUGCUGCACUCUCCCCUGCAGAGGAUUCCCUGCUACCCCUCACACCAAAUUUGAUUGAGAGAAUGGAGGAAGUUUAUGCCAUUGUCAAACCUACUCUAAAGCUCCUGGAGAGUACUCUGGAGAAUACCGAAUCCGUUGUGUCUGAAUAUGAGCAGGAGAUCAUAGGCACCCGUGUUAUCACCGCGGCCCAGGGCGCUUUUGAUGCGAUCAAGAGGUAUUUCAACCUAAUCGAGAAUAUAAAUAUGGCUCCGCUAUCGGCAACUCCUCAGCAUCCUACCUUGGUUGAUUUCUCGACUCAGAAACAGCGAUUGCACGAUUCGUUUGGCGAACUCUUCAUAGCUUGUCAAGCCGUGACCGCACCGUUGGCCGAUGAGUGGACUGCUGUACGCGGGGAGCCUUUGGAGGAGAGAUUGAACUCUGUGCGCAUCUAUGUUAAAGAAAUAGAGAGUGGCAUUAGUUCUCUUAACUUCUCAAUUCAAUUGCUUGUCGAAGAGAGACGAGAGAGGGAGCCGAAUAGAGAUGUUCGGACCGAAGAUCUUCGAAGACCGGAUGCUUCUCCUAUCGACCAAGUCAGCCGCACUCCGGGCCAAUCACAUCAGCGCACGAGCUCACGUCAGACCCCUCGGGCUGCAUCGUCUAUCGAUCGCACUGUUAGGUCGGGUGGCGCUGGUGGUGGUGGCUCAAAAGCUGCUCGGGUGUUUGGUGAAGAGCCACCACCCGAGACUCCUUGGUACCUUAACUGUGAUUACGACUCAGAGAUCAUCUAUGGCGCAAAGAACAAGGUUAAGGGUGGGACUUUGGUUGCUUUGGUUGAACGAGUUACUCGCCAUGACAUGCUGGAUUCUAAUUUCAUCAGCACCUUUUUGCUGACUUAUCGAUCCUUCACAACUGCUCACGAAUUGUUUAACCAGCUUGUCAGGAGAUUUACUGUCCAGCCUCCCUCAGCCUUGGACGGUCCUGAGUUCGAGAUAUGGACUGAGAAGAAACAGAAGCUCAUCAGGGUCCGUGUGUUGAGUAUUUUGAAGAUGUGGUUGGAACAGAAUUGGAUGGAGGGCUUGGAUGAUAACGCGAGGGAUCUCUUGAAGAAGAUGCAACAAUUUGCGCAGGGGGUCAUGCUUCCACAGCUUUCUGGCACUAGUCAAGUGCUGUCCUUGAUUGACACCCGCCUUCGAGGACAGGAACCGGAGAUGAAACGGUUGAUUCUUAAUAUGGUCGUCCAGCCACCUCCCCCGAUCAUGCCAAAGCAUAUGAAGAAGCUCAAGUUCUUGGACAUUGACGCACUGGAGUUUGCGAGACAGCUCACUAUCAUUGAGUCCAAAUCGUAUGGAAAGCUGAAGGCGGCCGAAUGUCUUAGCAAGGGCUGGAGCAAACAGCCUUCAUCUGGGGGACCUGAUCCAGCCGAAAACAUUCGUGCGAUCAUUAUGCAAUCGAAUCGCCUGACAAACUGGGUUGCAGAGAUGAUUCUCACCCAGGCUGAGGUUCGGAAACGCGUGAUCGUCAUUAAGCAUUUUAUUGCUGUCGCUGAGGUAUGCAUCUGUGGGAGCAGAGUCACUGAUCGAAAAUGUUAACUUGUGAUAGAAAUGCCGGCUUUUGAAUAACUUUUCGACACUCACCGCUAUUCUUGCUGCAUUACAGACAUCCGCUAUACAUCGUUUGAAGAGAACGUGGGAACAUGUUCCCUCUAGAACCAACCAGACGUUGGAAGGGAUGAAUACUCUCAUGGGUGCAACUAUGAAUUUUGCGGAAUAUCGAGAGAUGCUGCACAUAGUCAAUCCUCCAUGCGUACCAUUCUUGGGUUUGUUUCGUCCAAUCAGCGUGUUUGAUGGCAUUGCGCUUACUUUCGGCCUAUAGGUGUCUAUCUGAAAGAUCUUACCUUUGUCGCCGAUGGCAACGAUGACUUCAUCAAAGGGGACCAGAAGCUUAUCAACUUUGACAAGCGAGUCAAGACGGCGAACAUCAUCCGAGAGAUUCAGCAAUAUCAAUCGGUCCCGUACCCCUUGCAACCCGUCCCAGAGCUCCAGGAUUAUAUCAUUUCAAACAUGCAAUCAGCGAGAGAUGUCAAUGAUAUGUAUAACCUGUCUCUAAGCCUCGAGCCCAGAGAGCGUGAGGAUGAGAAGAUUGCGAGGUACUUCGAUUUCCUAUAAUUCCUCCCCUGAUAUUUUCUUGCCCUUUUGCAUCAUGUCUUCUCCUUUGCUCCUUCACCGGCUCCCUCUUUUUGGUUAUGAUAAAAAGCCAAGCUACAGGAAGUCCCAAAACUUCAAGGGAGAUGAGAGUCGGUGGGGGAACGAGCACACUCUAGAACUAUAAAUGGGGGAAUUUUGGUUCUGACGUAAGGCGAUCUAUUUCUACAGGUUGUUACAAGAGUCAGGGUUCUUAUAAACGGGAUGGUCUGGGUCUUUCAUCUUUCAUUUCUUCUGGCACCUCUGGCCAUGGCAUUUCAGUUAGUUUGGUGGGUCAGUGCCAUCUUUUUUACUUUUUUUAUAUUUUUUUUUUACUUCCAAUUCUUUCUCAGUUUCCUUCGAUCUCAUCAUCAUCAUCAUCGGGGCUUAUUCUUGGGGGUUUGGGGCAACGGGGUUUAUGUCGAUCACCUUUUUCCGUAGCUAGUUACCACUCAUCACUAUUACAUUCUUGGUUUGGUUUUUUUUCCCUCCUUUUUUCCUUCACUUUCUGCUCGUUCCUCUGUGAAGAGGGCUAUAUCUUGAUCCAAUAUUUCAACGUCUUUCUUGGCGGGGGGGUUUUUUUUUCUCGUGGCGUGUUUUUUUUUUGGCACGGUUGGGAUGCUUUUUUCUCUUUUGGAAAAAAAGAAAAACUAUUAGUUCUGAAGGUUGUAUAAGUUGCAAGUGGGCAACUCGAAAAGCUCACUGGAGAAAGCCAGGAGUCUUGUUUGAUAGACGGGAAAAAAGAAAAGAGGGACUAUAGUUGUUACAUGUUGUAUCACAGGGGUGUUAAUGGAAGAAGGUGGCAUUCAGGUGGUGGGUUAAAAAUAUGCACUUGAUAUGAUGCGGAGGAGGGUAUAUCGGUGUUGCAGUAUCGUAGAGGUGUUUAAACAACAUAACACCCUGCGGUAAGAGAUAUUGAAAUUUCUGAUUUACCAUUUUGCGGCACCCUCAUGUUUGUGCGGUGCCGGUAUAUUCCUUGGAGCAAAUAGGGAGCCUGGAGGGACCUAGGUCCAGCCUUCUGGAUAAACACUAUCCCGCCAGCCAUGAUACCGCACUUGUACAAGGAUACGAGUACUGCUGCAGGUCCAAGUUUCUAGCAUGUCCUUUUGACCGAUUUGCCGAAUGGGUACAGUUGUAUAAUAUCAUGACGAUUGAAGAAGCCUUCAUGUUAUGCACGACGGGGUAGGGCCCAGGACUAACCGCGUUACCGUCGGGCCUCGUCUUCGCAUAUGAACAGACGCUUAACUACUCGGGACUCACCCCAUUCUCCGUCAUAUCAUUAUCACCUUGUUUCCACAGAGCAAACCAAACCAUCGAUAUAAUAUCAGAUCAGAAAGGAAAUGGCCCCAAUUGGUAUUGCUAUUCUAAGGGUGAGGAUUUUGUUCACUAGUCAAUUGGGUGGGAACUUGCUAAUUGUGAAUGUUGGGUGUUGAGUAGUGCGGAAUAUUCGUACCUGAGGAGCAUCUCCUAGCAGUGGAAGCUUGCCCACGCGCAGUUCUGGGGGCAGCAUACUCGUUCGAAGGCUUCCGUAAAAAAAAUUUGUUGCAAAGCCGGGAGCGGACAUCUACUCUAAUGCUUCCGAGAAUGGCCUGGAUGCACUAUAUUCGUGCGGUUCGAUGUCCAGGCUGUGAUCAUCGCAUGAACAUCUCCUGCCCCCAUGAGUUGGCGCGGCGCUGGUGAGGACUCUUUCAAAGCCGGCAGACAGGUCCAAAACGAGAAUCCCGUCGCGAAAGACCCGGCACAAGCCCUAAAAUCGAUAUCAUACAACAAGUUCUAUCCCGACCUAAACUACAGCGUGGCGGAGAACCUCCACUUCCUGGAAACCUAGAUAUAUGCCCACUAGGAGAUAGCCACUCUCAGCCGAGUCACAAACUUUCGCUUGCGAACCUACUAGUUCAUCACUCCUAGCUGGAAAUAUUACAAAACUCCAUGGCGCAGGAAGCUAGAAUAUCAAGGUGGCUUUUCCCUCCUUGAUGGCGGCGUACACCACGUCGUUGGCAUGCGCGUCCUACCAUUCAACAAAAAGAUUGUGAAAGUCGCCACUUUCACCGCCUCAAACCUUAUGCGCUUGCUACCCGUGGAUACCAUCUCUACUAGCAUCGAGACAGGUAAAGGCCUCGUGGAGAGCUUCAAGGUUAGCCUGGGAACGACAUCCGAAGGGCGGGGGUUUGCGGUUGCGUCCGAGGAUGGGAGCGUCACAAUGCGGCCUGGCAGCGAGGUUGCUAGUCUUAGCAGGAAGGCGGGGAGAGGGCUGGAGGGUGAAGCUGUCAAAAUGUUUCCUAACGGUAAGGACAGGUUUGGGGAGGAGGUUGCGGCAUUCGUGAAGGCCGUCAUUGCGGGGACCCCGGAUGAGAGGCAAACCAAGGAACUUGCGGCAGGGGAUUUGGAGACGGCGGAUUAUCCUUCGCUCUGUGGUAUGUCCUCUUCGUGUUUGCAAGGUGAAUAUGGGCUGACAGUGCCAUGUUAUGUGAUAGAUUGAGGAGAUGCUGCAGUCCGGGGAGAAUUAUUGGGUUGUUGUGGAGUUCAAUCCUGGAUUGAUGGGAUAUUUAUAACUCGGGGCAAUUGUAAAUUGCCGUGGUACCUGUAUUUUGAUGGGUGGCUACCAGCAUUGUACUUGUACCAAUGGUGCUUAAAGUCGUGUCGGGUGCGGUGUCGCCGGUGUCGCAUCGGCAGCUGUGUUGGGGAGCUAGGUAUGCCCGUAGGGUGGAUUUGAGUACAAGGCGGUCUCCAUGUCCAUGAAUAUAGUACGGUAAACUCAAUUACCGUAAAAGCUCAAACAAUUGGACCCGGUUUCGUGUCGUUGGACAUUCCUCUCAGUGAGGCCAAGAAUUUUUUUUUUUUCCCGUCUUGGAGGAGGGAAAGGGCCUGUGUUUUUGCAGUGUUGUUUGCCGCCUUUCCGUGGAAGGAAAUUUUAGACUCCAGUACUAGUAUUUAGCAACUUGAAUAGAUAGGGCACCAGUGCGUGAAAAGGUGAUAUAUUAUGGUUCCUGCGCUUCAAAAUGUACACCACGAUUUCGGGUACUUUUCAUUCAAUAAUGGGGCUUCAUUCAAGACCAUUAAAAAA